UUCCCCACUUAUUCUUCUUUCCUCUCUGCCUGCCCCAUUUCAGAGCGAAUUCUAGGGUUUUCAGUGUAGCAAUCGAUUGAGAGAGAUUUUUCUCUUGAAGAGGGUGAUUCAUACCGAUGGUGGUUUCUGCGAUUGGUCUGCUAGGAUUUGGAAUCCAAUUAACUUUGGAAUCAAAUUGCGACCGCCCAAUCUAAUGACUGACUCUGCUAGUGAAUGGCUCGGUUUCAUUACUCUUCUUCUGCUCUCCAUUUCGCCAUUGUUUUCUACUGCACCUUCGUCACAGCCCUCCCGGCUAGCCAUGGCCUGGCGGACCACGACUUUUGGAUAUUAGAUUUGGAUUGGAGUCUCUUUCACCAGGAUUACUCGCCGCCGGCACCGCCGCCGCCGCCGCCUCAUCCGCCGUCGGUUUCAUGUACCGAUGACCUCGGAGGUAUUGGCUCGCUCGACACUACGUGUAAGAUACUGAACGAUUUGAACCUCACCGGCGAUGUGUACAUACAAGGGAAGGGAAAUUUUUAUAUCCUACCCGGGGUGAGGUUUCAUUGUGCCACUCCUGGCUGUUUCUUAACUGUUAACAUUACUGGUAAUUUUAGUUUAGGAAACUCUUCGUCGAUUGUCUCUGGGGGAUUCGAGCUUUCGGCAAAUAAUGCCAGCUUUAUUAAUGGCUCUGUGGUGAACACGACGGCUUUGGCCGGAGAUCCGCCGGCGCAAACGAGUGGUACCCCUCAAGGGAUAGACGGGGCAGGUGGGGGACAUGGUGGACGUGGCGCUUGUUGUUUGGCGGAUAAGACUAAGCUUCCUGAGGACGUGUGGGGCGGCGACGCUUACUCGUGGUCGUCACUGCAGAAGCCUAGUAGUUAUGGAAGCCGAGGUGGGUCGACGAGCAAGGAGUUGGAUUAUGGAGGACAUGGUGGUGGAAGGGCGAAGCUGGUGAUUACGAAUUACCUUGAGGUGGAUGGCAAUAUUUUGGCUGAUGGGGGUGAUGGAGGAAAGAAAGGUGGAGGUGGCUCUGGUGGUAGUAUCUACAUCAAGGCUUUCAAAAUGACUGGUAGUGGGAGGAUAAGUGCUUGUGGAGGUAAUGGUUAUGCUGGUGGUGGAGGGGGAAGAGUGUCUGUUGAUGUAUUCAGCAGGCAUGAUGAACCCAGCAUUUUUGUGCAUGGAGGAAGUAGCUAUGGCUGUUUAGAAAAUGCAGGUGGUGCUGGGACUUUAUAUGAUGCUGUUCCUCGAAGCCUUAUUAUUAGUAAUCAUAACAAGUCAACAGAUACUGAGACGCUUCUUUUAGACUUUCCUAACCAGCCUCUUUGGACAAAUGUUUAUGUUGAAGACAGUGCCCGGGCUACUGUUCCAUUGCUUUGGAGUCGUGUUCAAGUUCAAGGACAGAUAAGUCUCUUACGUCAAGCAGUGUUGAGCUUCGGGCUACAACAUUAUGCUUCUUCUGAAUUUGAGCUUUUGGCAGAAGAGUUGCUGAUGAGUGACUCUGAAAUUAAGGUAUACGGAGCAUUGCGAAUGUCUGUAAAAAUGUUCUUAAUGUGGAAUUCAAAGAUGCUCAUAGAUGGAGGGGGAGAUGUAACUGUUGCAACUUCCUUACUUGAGGCUAGCAAUUUAGUUGUUCUGAAGGAAUCAUCUGUUAUACACUCUAAUGCAAAUUUGGGAGUUCAUGGACAAGGUCUACUGAAUCUAUCAGGGCCAGGGGAUUUAAUAGAAGCACAGCGACUGGUUCUAUCACUAUUUUAUAGUAUUCAUCUUGGGCAUGGAUCUGUUUUGCGUGGUCCCUUGGAGAAUGCCACUUCUGAUUAUGUGACACCAAAGUUAUAUUGUGGAAGUCAAGAUUGUCCAAUUGAACUACUUCAUCCACCUGAGGAUUGCAAUGUGAACUCAUCUCUAUCCUUUACUCUUCAGAUAUGCAGAGUUGAGGAUAUCACUGUUGAAGGCCUUGUAAAGGGAUCUGUUGUUCAUUUUCACAGGUCAAGAACUGUUGUUGUUCAGUCUUCUGGAACAAUAAGUGCAUCUGGAAUGGGCUGUACGGGUGGUGUUGGCAAAGGAAAUGUUACAAAUGGCAUUGGGAGUGGUGGUGGACAUGGUGGUAAAGGUGGGCUAGGAUGUUACAAUGGUAGUUGUAUUGAGGGUGGUAUAACAUAUGGGAAUGCAAAGUUGCCUUGUGAACUUGGUAGUGGAAGUGGAAAUGAAAAUUCAACUGGUUAUACUGCUGGUGGUGGAAUCAUAGUGAUGGGUUCACUGGAGCAUCCACUGUCAACUUUGUCAAUUGAAGGCACAGUACGAGCUGACGGAGAAAGUUUUGAAGGAACUAGCAGGGGGGGUAAAUAUAUGGUAGAUGGUUCAAGUGGAGGUCCUGGGGGUGGGUCAGGUGGUACUAUACUAAUGUUUUUGCAUACUGUUGAUGUUGGUGACUCUGCUUCUCUUUCUAGCAUUGGGGGAUAUGGUAGUCCUUAUGGGGGUGGUGGAGGUGGUGGUGGAAGAAUUCACUUUCAUUGGUCAGACAUUCCUAUUGGAGAUGUUUACCAGCCUGUUGCAAUCGUAAAAGGAAGCAUCCAUUCAGGGGGAGGGAUGGGUAGAGGCCAGGGAGGUGCUGGAGGAAAUGGAACAGUAACUGGAAAAGAUUGCCCUAGAGGGCUUUAUGGGGUCUUUUGUGAGGAAUGUCCAGUUGGCACUUACAAGAAUGCUAGUGGAUCUGACAGAAAACUUUGUCAUAGCUGCCCUGCUGAAGAGCUUCCCAGCCGUGCCAUGUACACUUCUGUGCGAGGUGGUGUUGCCAAGACUCCUUGUCCUUACAAAUGCAUAUCAGACAGAUACCACAUGCCACACUGUUAUACAGCUCUUGAAGAGUUGAUUUACACAUUUGGGGGGCCGUGGCUUUUUGGUCUUCUUCUUAUUGCUCUCCUAAUUCUUCUAGCCCUGGUGCUUAGUGUUGCACGAAUGAAAUUUGUUGGAGUGGAUGAAUUACCGGGCCCAGCUCCCACUCAGCAUGGCUCUCAAAUAGAUCACUCCUUUCCAUUUCUUGAGUCAUUAAAUGAGGUUUUGGAAACAAACAGAGUGGAAGAGUCCCAGACCCAUGUGCAUAGGAUGUACUUCAUGGGUCCUAAUACUUUCAGUGAUCCUUGGCAUCUUCCCCACACUCCUCCAGAGGAAAUAAAAGCAAUUGUAUAUGAGGGUGCAUUCAAUACGUUUGUGGAUGAAAUUAAUGCUAUAGCAGCUUACCAGUGGUGGGAGGGAGCUGUCUACAGCAUUCUCUCAGUUUUAGUGUAUCCCCUUGCAUGGUCAUGGCAGCAAUGGCGCCGGAGAUUGAAAUUGCAGCGUCUGCGUGAGUUUGUUCGGUCAGAAUAUGAUCAUGCUUGCUUAAGGUCUUGCCGUUCACGUGCUCUAUAUGAAGGGAUAAAGGUGGCUGCAACUUCUGAUUUAAUGCUAGGAUAUGUUGACUUCUUCCUCGGUGGAGAUGAAAAGAGGACUGAUCUUCCUCCCCGGUUACACCAAAGGUUUCCAAUGUCAUUACCGUUUGGAGGUGAUGGAAAUUACAUGGCUCCAUUUGCACUUCAAAGCGAUAAUGUUGUUACAAGUCUUAUGAGCCAGUCAGUCCCACCGACCCGAUGGUAUCGCCUUGUGGCUGGUCUAAAUGCACAAUUGCGCCUAGUUCGUCGCGGGCGGUUAAGAGUAACAUUGCGAGCUGUUCUUAGGUGGCUUGAAAAUUUUGCGAAUCCUGCUUUGAGGAUCCACGGCAUACGAGUAGAUCUUGCCUGGUUUCAGGCCACAGCUUGUGGUUAUUGCCAUUAUGGACUUUUGGUAUAUGCUAUUGAUGAAGAGACCGAUUGGAUGCCUAUCAGAAGUCUAGAUGGAUCAAUACAAACUGGACAGCAGCCACGCGUAAAGAGCAUUUCGGAAGAGAAUCUAUCUAGUCAUAUGAGAGAUGAAACCCAAUUAAUCCAGGCUCCCGGAGACACUGAAAGCUAUGCAAGGCAGACAAGAGCAUGUGGAGGGAUACUAGAUGCUAACAAUUUACAGAUGCUUGAAGAGAAGAGAGAUAUGUUUUAUCUUCUCUCUUUUAUACUUCAUAAUACUAAGCCUGUUGGACACCAGGAUCUUGUCGGCUUAGUAAUAUCAAUGCUACUUUUAGGAGAUUUUAGUUUAGUGUUGCUUACGUUUCUCCAGUUGUAUUCAUUUUCUCUUGUGGACGUCUUUCUGGUUUUGUUUAUUUUACCUUUUGGCAUUCUGCUAUCAUUUCCUGCUGGAAUCAAUGCUCUGUUCAGUCAUGGACCAAGGCGGUCAGCAGGCCUUGCACGAGUCUAUGCUUUGUGGAACAUGACAUCUUUAGUCAAUGUUGUGGUUGCGUUUCUUUGCGGAUAUGUUCACUAUAGAACUCAGUCGUCAAGUAAAAAACAUCCAAGCUUUCCUCCUUGGAGUAGUAUGAACAUGGAUGAAAGUGAAUGGUGGAUUUUUCCUGCUGGACUGGUUUUGUGUAAAAUUUUUCAAUCCCAACUCAUCAAUUGGCAUGUGGCAAAUCUAGAGAUUCAAGAUCGUUCCUUGUACAGCAAUGAUUUUGAGCUGUUCUGGCAGUCGUGAUAUUAUUCGACUAGAUGAUAUACUCAUUAACAUGUUUUUGGUUUUUCCUCUUCCAUUUAAUCUUUUUUUUAGCGUAGUUGAGUGAUUGACAAAAAGUGAAAAAGAGAAGAAAAAAGAAACCCUGAAAUUGCGAAGAAAAAAGGGAGAGAGAGAGAGAGAGGCACACACACAGAGAAAGAUAUUCAUUAUUGUAAUCACUUUUCAGCAAUGUGCAGUUUAUUCCUAUCAUGUAUAUAUAUAUAUAUAUAUAUAUUGAGCCAGUUACCUGUAUGCUCUUAGAGAUAGAGACAUUUAUUACCGUAUGCAUAAUGUGCUCACAUGUACUUUCUAAAUGUAAUAUGGGUGCAAAAGAUUGACGACAGUUUGGAUUCAUAGUGAGAUGGCUGGGUGUUUUCUUUAUGGAAACUAAUAAAAUGCUUUGCUGAUUUUUGUAUUAUUAUAAA